AUGAACCUGACGUGUAACUCAACGCUCGAGGACAUGAGAAUUGUCCCCGGCUCCGAGAUUCUCAUCGCCGGCCCGUUGACCUUCCAUGACCUGGCCCUCAUCAUCGCUGGCUCCUGCACCAUCAUCGCCAUCUGCCUUUCCUUCUACCUCAUCUUCAUGCACUCCAUCAACUACACGAAGCCCCGCGAGCAGCGCCAGAUCAUUCGUAUUCUUUUCAUGGUCCCCGUCUACGCCGCCUCGUCUUUCCUCCAGCUCUACUUCUACUGGCACGCCGUCUACUUCCAGCUCAUGAGCGACUGCUACGAGGCCUUCGCCAUCGCCUCCUUCUUCUCGCUCAUGUGUCACUACCUCGCCCCAGACGUCCACACCCAAAAGGACUACUUCCGCAACCUUCACCCCAUCAAGCCUUGGGUCUGGCCUCUCGACUGGUUUGCCAAGUGCUGCGGAGGACAGAGAGGCCCCUGGCGUACCCCCAAGAGCGGUUUGACAUGGUUCAACGUCAUCUGGAUCGGCGUCUACCAUUAUGUCUUCAUCCGCGUUGCCAUGACUGUCACCGCCGUUGUCACGCAGUACUUCCACCGCUACUGCGAGAGCUCCAACAACCCCGUCUUCGCUCACGUCUGGGUCAUCUCCAUCAACUGCGUAGCCGUCACAAUCGCCAUGUACUGCGUCAUUCAAUUCUACGUACAGAUGCGGGAGCCUCUCAAGGAGCACUCGCCCUUUCUCAAGGUUCUUGCCAUCAAACUUGUCGUCUUCUUCUCUUUUUGGCAGGUCACUUGCAUCUCUCUGGCCACAUCCACGCUCGAUCUCGUCCACCCGAACAGAGUCCUUGCCUAUCCCGAUAUCAAAGUCGGCAUCCCUGCUCUUCUUCUCUGUUUCGAAAUGUCCCUGUUCGCCCUCCUCCAUCUCUGGGCUUUCCCCUACGCACCCUACGUGCCCGGCGCCAAGAUCACCUUCUACCCGGCCCCAGACGCCCGCGACCUCAACGCGCCUCUGCGCGAAAACGUCCACUCCGCCCCCGGCGGUGGCUGGAUGGGUCUCCGCGCUAUCGGAGAUGCCCUCAACCUCUGGGACUUCGUCAAGGCGUUUGGCCGUGGUAUGCGCUGGCUAUUCUGCGGUGUCAAGCGCCGCAAGGAGGACCCCAGCUACAAGACAGCCGCCAGUUUGGACAUGGAUGACCUCGACAAGGGCGGCGACACCGCAUACCAUCCCGCUGGCCUCAAGAGCACCGAGCAUCUCCCCAUCGCCCACGAGUUCCGCCGCAGCACAUAUCUGCAGCCCUCGCGACCACCUCCUCGACCCGCACGCCUAGACAACGAGAGCGCCAGCCUCAUCGCUCACGCACAGCCGAACCCUUCCCAGAUGUCUCCACCGCGCCGCCCAGAACGGCCACGCUCACCAUUGUCGCCCUUGUCACCUAUCUCGCCGUACCAAGACCACGGCUUCCAGGAGACGGGCAUGGCACCUGUGUACCAUGCUCACCAGACCUCGAACGCCGACUGGGAGAAGACAUCGCCCACAACGACGAGCCCGACGUCGGGGCCACGCGAUCUGACUCAGCAACGGAUCGGAGAGGCGCUCUGGGGACCACCGCAAAGCCCCGCCGCCGCCGCCGCCAUGAUGCCAGAAAGCCCCGUCCUCGGGUCGCCCAUGAACGGCGCCCCCGGUCAAGUACGCCCGACACACGGAAACCAGCCACAUGGGCAGCCUGGACCCGGAACGGCCUUUUGA